CCCAGCUCCCCUCACUUCAACCCACGCAGUAACUCUUUUUUUCGAUGAUAAAAAAAGAGGAGAGAAGAAGAGAACAAGGAAAGAAAACUAUUGCCAAUCUAUACGUCUCCACCAUUGUCUCUCAACUGUGAAUGGAUAAUAGGGAUGGAAACAGAGAUGCAGCGCCUGGAGGUCACCCCGAUAACGAAGAGGUCGAGUAGCCAGGCCAGCAUUGACGGCUCCAGCAGAGAGCUCAGGUACACCAGCCUCAAGGACAUCCUCCAGCUCGACUCCCCCACCUACCGCCCCUCCAACGCCGGCGGCACCGCCAUCAACGGUGGCGGAAGCGGCGGCGGCCGCGCUUCGAUCCACGAGGAGUACACCUUCAAUUCUUCAACCAUCGGCAUCCGCAACCAGCUGGUGAAGCACGCAGCAUCGGCCUACCUCCAGUCGGCGGCGAUCCUCGCCACCCGCAACCAGAACUGCCUCACCCGGCUGUGGCGGCGCCUCCAGCGGCGGCAGGUGUCGGCGAGCUGGCGUGGGUGCAUGCGGGACCCCUUCGAGGUGUGCGUCGGGUUCGUGGCGCGGUCGGUGAGGCGGGCGCUGGCCUGCAUCGCCGGCUACGUCGGCGGGGUCCGGGCCUGGGGCGGGUGCACGUCCAUCCCCUGAAGAUUUUAACGUCAUGAAAGAGGGGCAUGGUUUACUAUUUUGCUGCAAUGCUCUUAGCGUGAGUUACUGCAACGCCUCCCUCGCGAUGGACGUCUAUCCCCUAAAAAAGAGUAUAACGUCAUAAAAGAGAGGCGUGGACUGCUAUUUUGUUGCAACGCUUUGAACGUGAGAUGGUGCAACCCCUCCGUCGCAAUGCCCGGCUGCUUUUUCUUAUACACGUCACUGCAUUUUAUAUUGUCCUCUUUUUCUUUCUUACUACAUUUUCUAUUUUUGUGUUCUAGGAUUGCCUUGAUGUGUUAUAUUUUGUUGUGAUAUAAGUUUUGAACAAAACUAACAUCUAUAUGUAAGAAGAAGGUUGGUUGGCAUGUUGGCAAACGUGUCCGACAUUUAAGUUAUAAUAGAUGAUCUAUGAAGCUAGAGCUGGA